GUGAGGUAAGACCAGGCAACAGGAGCAGCUCUGUAGACAUGAAUUGCAGAGAAAAAUUACUCAUCAUCUAUGAGACAGAGGCAAAGCAGUGGGCCACCUUCCUUCAGUCGGUCUUUACUGGGCAAAUCCCAGCGGAUGAGAUCUGCUGCUAUGAUAUUGCAAUGGCAUCGAGCAGAAAGGAUGACUUUUCCAGGCUUUCCCGUUAUGCCUGCAAAUUGCUGAUCCUCUCUAAGGGAAUGCUGGAGGGUCUUCACCAGAUGAGACGCUUCUUCCUGUCUAGGGUGCUGAGUCCUGCCGCCUGUGUUGUGGUGCUGCUUUGUGGGGUGGACAGUCUGACCCCACUGCUGGACAGGGUGCCCAUCAACAGUGACGAAUGCCUGCAAAUCUCCUCUGAGCAAGACCCUCCUGAGUAUGUGGGCAGUGUGAUAAAGAUCAUAAAAAAAGGUGCAUCAGCCAAGGCCAAUAUGAACCCCUUGGCGAAUAGGCCACCUGAAUCCGAGCCAAGCGGUGAGGUGAUGCAGUCAUCUGCAGCUGACAGGGUCAACUCAAACAUUGUUAUCACUCCCUCGAGGGUUCCCUGUGGGAGCUCCUCUGAGGUGUUCAUACUCCUGAAAAACAAUUCAGCUGGCAGCGAGUGUGAGGUUGAGUUCAAGGCAGAGAGGCAGAUAGUGAGAGUGAAGCCUGCUCGCUGGAGUGACCAGAUCCUGUGUGUCAGGACACCAGCUGACUUCGCUGCAGGAGAUGUUAGGGUGACUCUGUACAGUUGUGGAAAAUUCCUAGCCAGCUCUAAAUUGCAGUACUACACAAGAAUUGAAGAACUCAACAGUCUUCUCUCGAGUGUUGCAGACCCUGUAGAGUUCAUGUUUCAGGCUCUUCAGGUUUGUUCUGUGGAUAAGCUGGAUCAGAAGUUGUCCUCCAUUCUACUGGAGCUGAUGCCCACAGGAGGUUUUCAGGGACUGCAAAUUGAAAACACACAUGGAAGAGAGGUCCACCAUGGGGACGUGCCCUCACUCCUCCACUUUGCAGCUCGCUAUGGAUUCAGGAGCGUCUCAGGCCUGCUUCUGCAGUGUCCGGGUGCUGAACGAGCUCUGCGCAUGACCAAUCGACAUGGACAGACCCCAGCAGAGAUUGCUAAAAGUCACGGCCAUACAGAGCUUCACACCAUGCUAAAGGAGACGCUGAAAAUGCUUGGCUCAGGGGAGGACAACGACGUGUAUGAAAUGAUGUAUAAUGCAGGAAAACAAGGACAACCUGAUGGGGAGGAUGAGGAUCUUUAUGCACCACUCGGGGUGAAUGAGGACUCGAACUCCAACCUAAACUCUGAGAAGGCUGUAAUCCUUGCCAACCGACCUCCAGCGCCUACGCCCAGGCCUGAAUGCAUGCAGUUGAAAGAGAGCAGAACCUCAUACAUCGCUCAAGUUUUUAAAAAGAAGAAAAUACCCAAAGGGGAUACUGAUGUGUAUUCACUUACGUCUAAACAAGCACAAAGGCAAGAGGACAGCGUCUCUGGCACCUACGAUACCUUCAUACCAAAUCAGAAGCAACUUGAGCAGCUGAUGGAGCUUCAGCAGAGGAUCAAGAGCAGCUCGCUUUCUGUGGCCAAGGCUCUUAAUCACUUGAGUGACCAGCAGCAACAGGUUAAAAAGGGCCCAGCUAACAAUCAGGAGGAGAGGCCGAGCCACCUGAGAGCCGGCGGCAUUAACAGCAGAGACGGUUGUGUGUACGAUAAAAUCAACAGUGUUCAUCCCACACCAAGCUUUUUUGUGAACGAGAGUCGCAAAGGAAACCAACCAUCUCAAUCUGAGUUUUACACUAAGCCACUAAAAAAGCAGCAGAACUUCCGUAAAGCUGAUAAACGGUGAACAUACGUAUGAAGAUUAUUACUCUAACGUACAUUCCAGCUACCUGUCAAUUCCUUUUUUUUCCUUUUCAUUAGGUAAUUAUGUUAUGGACAUGACCUGAUUUCUAAAGCUUAUGGUGCAGUCGCAGCAUAAAGAAAGCUCACCCCAUUAAAUUUAAGCAUUGGAUUGAUUGAAUUAGCAUCUAAGGUUUUUGGGGUUUCCAUAAACAUUCUCAUUUUGGCUUUAAUGGAGAUUUAUUUAAAAACCUUGGUUAAAUUUAAAUGAUUUUUUGAACUGAUGGAACAUU